AAAAAAACUUUACGAAACUCAGCCUUAGUCUAUCUCUCUGUGUGUGAAUCCUAGGUGUUUGAUUACGUUUCUCUUUGAAAACCCGAGGAAAUUCAACCUCGUAAUCUCCUUUUAAGGCUUUAAACUUGGAUUAAGCAAAACUACUCUCGUUGCUGUUGACAACUUCUCUGAAAGUUUUGAUUCUUCUGCUGAGCAAAUUCAUUCUCGUACUCAUCUUCAAUUAGCUCUGUGAAGAAAACGAUUGUAGCUGGGGUACAACCUACUGGUUCUGUACGUUAUCUUGGUGCAAUUAAAAAUUGGAUUACUCUUGAGGUUGGUUUGGUUGGCCUUCUGGGUUAGGCAACAACCCUCGAUUUGGGCAAGAACAGCAAAGGAUUCAGGUAAAGGAGAUUGGCGUGGGAUCGCUCACAAUGCUGUAUCAAGGACGCACACUCAGGUAGCUAGCCAGGUCAGAAAAACUUCAUCCGACAGGGUAAUGCAACAAGAAGAAAGAGAGGUGACGCUGUUCCAGUCUUCCAGAUAGGGUACGCUACGAGGAAAUCAUGUCAGAUUCAGCUUAUUUCGGUAGAGAUUUGGUGGAUCGAGCCACGAAAGCUGCUGAUAUAGCAGAUGCAGCUCUCAAUAAUGUUUAUCAAGCGAUGGGAUUCUUGCAAAGAUGAGAAGAAUCAAUACUGCAGCAAGAAUUGGUGUGAAGAGGUGCCCCUUGGACAGAAGACAAACGCCGAUUUUUCUUAUUGGGUAAAGGAGAUUGGCAUGGGAUUGCUCGCAGUUAUGUUGUAUUAAGAACUCACCUCAUAGCUUGGCUUUUUUGGCACCCACGAAAGUUGCUGAUAUAGCAGAUGCAGCUCUCAAUAAUGUUUAUCAAGCGAUGGGAUUCUUGUUCCCCCCUUGGAAGCUGCACAAUCUUUUCCUUUCAUCAUGUUGCUGCUGCAUUUCGCCAAAAACCAUGACUAAAACCAUUGGUAACUUUUUUUUGGCACCCCAUUAGCCUGUGAUGUGUCCGUUAACGGCAACCGUCGCCUUUUUAGGUGAAAAACAUAAUCUUCACUUUUUAACGCUAGGCGACAGUCUGUAGCAUUUAUAAUGACCUCCGCCUGUUGAGAUUCGCUACAUAAUCCCCUCCUCCUCCUCCUUCCCCUCUUCAACACCAAAAUCAAAACAAUGGAAGAUCAAAAUCUCUUCAACACUGCACUCCAAAUCCACUUAAUCCUAUCUCCAAUCACGCUCUUAGCUCUCUUAUUCAUUCAAGCUCCAUAUGGCAAACAUUACCGUGGUGGUUGGGGUCCAACAAUUUCUCCAUCCUACGCUUGGUUUCUAAUGGAAAGUCCAACACUUUGGCUAACCCUUUUAAUCUAUCCAUUUGGCCGUAACUUCUCAAAUCCAAAAUCAAUUGCUCUAAUCUCAGUUUUCUUGUUCCACUACAUCCAUCGAACCCUGAUUUACCCAAUUCGACUCUCCAAAUCAAGGAAAAAUCAAAAUUUCAAGAAACCCAGUUUCCCGAUUUCAGUUGUUUUGAUGGCUUUUGUGUACAAUUUGUUGAAUGUUUAUUUGCAAUCGAGAUGGGUUUCUCAUUACGCUGAUUUUAAUGGAGGGGGGAAUGAUUGGUGGUUUUGGGGGCGGUUUUUUGUCGGAUUGGUGGUUUUUGUAAGUGGUUUCGCGGUGAAUGUGAAGUCGGAUCUGGUUUUGGUCUCGUUGAAGGGGGAUGACGGCGGGUAUAAGGUGCCGAAGGGAGGGAUGUUUGAGUUUGUGAGCUGUGCGAAUUAUUUUGGGGAGAUCAUGGAAUGGUUUGGAUGGAUGGUUAUGAUUUGGUCUUGGGUUGGUGUUGCGUUUUUUAUGUAUACGUGUUCGAAUCUUGUACCUAGAGCUGGUGCGAAUCAUAGAUGGUAUUUAGAGAAGUUUAGAGAUGAGUAUCCUAAGAAAAGGAAAGCUGUAAUCCCUUUUGUUUAUUGAAAUUGAAAGAAGAAAUGAAUGUUCUUGUUUUUCUGUCUUUGUAACGGGAGUUGUUAAAACUUUUAAAAUGAAUUACUUUUGGGGGUUGA